UUUGACACCAUAUGCAAAUUUAGGCGGAAGUAGAAUGUUAAUUAUGUCCGAAUUUUCUGGCCAUGAUUAUGGAGCGGCCAGAAUAUUACGUGAUACUCGUUCAUCCAACAAGUACAACUUUAUAUUCGUGAUGGAAGCAGCCAAAAUCAAUCUACGAAAUGUCGUUUUAAAAGACAGAAAUGACACACCUGCAGAAUCUGAAAACUGCAAACAAGCAAUCGACAAGUUCAUUAAGAGGGCGAUGGACAUAGCAGCUGGUCUAAGCUACAUUCACGAGAGAGGACUCAUCCACAGACAUCUCAAGCUUGAAAAUAUUUUGGAAGGCGAGGAUGGGACGGUGUUGAUAUCAGAUGUUGGGAUUGUCGGUCAAUUUCUGGAAACUGAGAAAAGCAUAACUUAUCUUGCACCUGAGGUACUCGAAGACCUCACGAAUCGUACCAAGGAAGCAGAUAUGUACAGUUAUGGUAUUGUGUUGUGGGAGAUGUGGUAUGGCGCCCAGGCGUUCACAGAACUUAUGCCUAUCAAAAGAGACCGUUUCCAAGUACAAAUUGCUGGUGGGCAUCGUCCAAAGCGGGACCACACAACGAUCAACAUUCCACUAAUACAUGCUCUAAUGAAGAAGUGCUGGGACACUGAGGUAAAAGAAAGGCAUUCCUCCAAAGAAUGCUACGAAAAGUUACAGGGAUUAAAUGACGAAACAAAUGCAACCUACACUAAACAUUUAAUAUAAUCUCCUAGUGUUGAAACUGACUUACGUAAUUACAAAAUUCAACGGAUGCAUGCAAAAAGUAAGAAUUAGGAACUAGUACCUAUAAUAACCUUUAUUAUAUACACAAGCGCCAGAU